UCGUCUGAUCCAUGCCUACAUACGGCAGAACAAAUUACUCCACCCAUGCACUUCUCAGCUGCAUCGCCAGAGAGAGAGAGAGAGAGAGAGAGAGAGAGAUGAAGCAAAGAUUCCUCCUUCCCUUUCAAGGAGCACAUCCAGUUUGCCGUCGGGGGGCCAACCCAAGUCACCCUCGUGCAUGCUCACAUGGAUGCUCGACGGCACUGGUUCGGGGAAUCCGGCAGGAAGAGCAGCGAGGUGGAAGUAGUCAGCAGUGACCUAACAAGGAAGGAACUGCAGGAGCAUGCAUGGAAGUUUUGCCUUCCGAUUUCCCCCUCUGCAUGCCAUGCAUGGCAUCCACUCCGCAGGCUACAUGGAAAGGAAGGAGAGUAAUGGAGGGGAAAACAACAACACAUGAGGUCCAACAGCGAAGUCUGUGUGUGUGUUCCCAGUCAAAAACUGCCAGUUCCCCACACAAAUAAAUGUUGGGAUCAACAUUAGCUUCAACAUCAGUAUGAUUCCAUGGAAUUCCACUCAAUCGCCUGAACUAAUGAGCCAGAAAGCAUUUUACACCGCAAAGCUCCCUCCCUCCCUAUAUAUCCAGUUCAAGUUUCCCUUUCUACCUCUCUCUCUCUCCAUCGCAUGAUGUCUUCAAGCAACCCAUUGCUUGAGCUCCCCGAGCAACUGGGCUACGUUCAGUGCAGUUUCUGCGCCACGAUCUUGCUGGUGAGUGUUCCAUGCAGCAGCCUGUUGAAGGUGGUAACAGUUCGAUGCGGCCAUUGCACUGGUCUGCUAUCUGUUAGCUUGGUGAGAACUUCUGUUGUUCCCGUUGAACUCCUUGCCUCCCUCGGAGAUGAAGAGGGGAAACAAGAAGAUUUGGGACCCAAAGCUUGCAGCAGUGGAGGUGGAGGUGUUGGAGAGGCAGAGAACGAGACAAGGAGUCCGACAAGAGCUCCCAUCAUCAACAAACGUAAACAAGAACAUCCAAUCCUUCUCACAUCACCUCACACUCAAUUCAGUACUUUUGUUCUCUUUUUCUUGGCAGCUCCGGAGAAAAGGCAGCGGGCUCCUUCUGCUUAUAACCACUUCAUCAGAGAAGAGAUAGUGAGGAUUAAGGCUAGAGAACCCAAUAUCACCCACAAGGAGGCAUUUAGUGCUGCUGCUAAAAAUUGGGCUCACUUCCCUCGAAUCCAGCACAAUGAAGAUGGGAAGAGUUGCAGUUCCAGGGAAGGGAAGAAGAUAUGUGAUGGGCAUGUGGAUGAGGAGAUGCAUGGCAGAAGAAACAACCUCCAUCAAAGAAAGACGCCGAUGCAGGCAGCCUGCUCCGGAGAAGAGACCUGAGCUGGGAACACCGCCGGCUCGUUUGGUCAC